GAGACGUAAUUUGUCAUUACCAAGGGUUGUUAGAGCUGCAUUAUUGGUGGUUGUGUCAAAACGUCAAGAAAUUGCCUUUAAUUCGUAAUUUGGAGGACACUGCGCAUUUUCUGUUGAUGUUUUGACGUCGAAUAUCAGAAAAGGAUCAUUUACAUCCUCCGGAAAGAGUUUGAACUCGGACAAGGACGCCGAUGUACUAAAAACGAAAAGGAAGUAAAUUUGCCAGUUGUCUGGCGACGCUUGUUCGUGUCUGAAUGCCAAAUCUUUUGGUCAUGGAGCUUGGCAGGCAACUCUGCGGAAAGAUUAAGCGGCCCAGCAGGAGGACUCCAGUGUCCUCUGCCCCUUCAUCUUUUCAGGGCCUGGAGAUCCACUUUUACCUGCCGGAUAUCCACAAACUCAGUUACAAAGAAGGAUGCUACACUGCUGAGAACCUCUGCGUGGAAUCUGCUGUCAGAUGCAAUAUUACACCCUUGUGCCAUAACCUGUUUGCCCUGUACAAUGAGAAAGCGGGCUUGUGGUAUCCCCCUAACCAUGAGUUCAAGGUCACGGAUGAGACGAGUAUCAAACUGCACUAUCGCAUGAGAUUUUAUUUCAGAAAUUGGCAUGGCACCACUGAAGGAGAGUCUCCUGUUUGGAGACACUGUAUCAGCAGGCUCAAAGGAGGUUUUGAAACACAGAAAAUAUCUGAAGGAACGCCCUUGCUGGACGCAGGCUCCCUGGAAUACUUGUUUGCUCAGGGCCAGCAUGACUUUCACACAGGUGUGGUUCAUCUGAGGAAGCAUGAGUCCGAGGCAGAGCAGCACGAGAUCGAAAACGAAUGUUUAGGCAUGGCCGUGCUGGCUAUCACUCACUUAGACAUGUACAACAGUGAAACUGCUUCCCUUGAGAUCAGCAGCUACAAAAAUUUCAUCCCGGAGUCACUGAACCGCAGCAUAAAGCAGCGCAACUUUCUAACACGUAUUCGCAUCAACAAUGUGUUCAAAAAAUUCCUCAGAGAAUUCAAGUACCGCACAAUCAAAGACAGUAGCAUCACACACCACGACCUGAAGAUCAAGUACCUUUCCACAUUGGAGAGCCUCACCAGUGGAUUAGGCAGUGAGGUGCUGGAACCCGUCUCAGUUAGUGUAAUGCCAGAAGGAGAGUUCUACAGUGGCGGCCACUAUGGGUCCUACCACCAGGGAAAAGGGCAGACUCAAACCAUGGAGACAAGCUAUGACACGCAGGUGCUGGUUAGUGGUACCACCGGCAUUUCCACGAGGAAAAAGCCUGUUACGAGUCCUUUGACCUCCAAAGAGAGAGGCAAGUCAAAGAAGAGCAAAGUGGAAGGAAAACAAAAAAAUGCCAAAAAGAAGGAGGCAAAUGAUGGCUGGGUGGUUUUCUGUGACUUUCAUGAGAUCACACACGCCGUCAUCAAAGAGUCAACAGUCAUCAUCUACAGACAGGACAACAAGAAGAUGGAGAUGCAAAUGCCUUCCAGGGCUGAGGCUCUGUCCUUAGCAGCCCUCGUGGAUGGGUACUUCAGGCUGACAGUGGACGCCCACCACUUUCUGUGCAAGGAGGUUGCCCCAGCCUCGGUGGUGCACAAUAUUGACAAUGGAUGCCAUGGGCCCAUCUGUACGGAGUAUGCCUUGCAUAAGUUGCGUCAGGAAGGCAAUGAGGAGGGCACUUACAUCCUGCGCUGGAGCUGCACUCAGUACGACUACAUCAUCAUCACUGUGGUCUGCAGCGAGCUUAAUCUUAAAGACACUCGUCCCAUGCGCCAACAUAAGAACUUUCAGAUUAAGGUGGUUCCUGAUGGUUUCCAACUGGACGGCACUGAAACAUCGCGGCCCACACUGAGGGAACUUGUGGAGCACUUGGAAAGUCAGAGUCUUCGCAGCGAUAACCUUUGCUUCCAGAUGACCCGCUGCUGCCCUCCACAGCCAAGAGAGAUUUCUAAUCUGCUGAUCGUGACGAAAGAACGAGCACCAACCCCACAUUCAUCCAUUGAAGACACCCAGCUGAGCUUCCAUCGUAUUCUGAAGGAGGAUAUCGAACAGGUGGAACACCUUGGUCGUGGUACAAGAACUAACAUCUACUCGGGCACACUGAGGGUGAAGAAUGAGGAGGAGGAUGAUUUAGGUUACUCGUCCUUCCAGGAAGUCAAGGUGGUUCUGAAAGUGCUGGGUUCUGGACAGAGGGACAUCUCUUUGGCUUUCUUUGAGACGGCCAGCAUGAUGCGUCAGGUGUCCCACAAACACAUUGUACUGCUGUACGGAGUGUGUGUCCGCCACCAGGAGAAUAUUAUGGUGGAAGAGUUUGUCCAACAUGGACCACUGGACGUGUUCAUGAGGAGACAGCAGAACUUGCUCAGCACACCAUGGAAGUUCCAGGUUGCCAAGCAGCUCGCCUCAGCGCUCAGCUAUUUGGAGGACAAAAAGCUGGUUCAUGGUUUUGUUUGUGCCAAGAACAUCCUGUUGGCCCGGGAUGGACUUGGCGACGAUGAAGGAGGGCCCUUCAUCAAACUCAGCGAUCCAGGAAUCCCAAUCACAGUGCUCACCAGAGAGGAGUGCGUGCAUCGUAUCCCCUGGAUCGCUCCGGAGUGUGUGAAGAACGUCGCUUCUGUGAGCGUUGCAGCUGAUAAGUGGGGAUUCGGUACCACCCUAUGGGAGAUCUGUUAUGAUGGAGAGAUCCCACUAAAAGACAAGAAGCUGACAGAGAAAGAGCGGUUCUACGAAACGGAGUACCAGCUGCCCACACCAGACUGUAGGGAGCUGGCUAAACUGAUGACCAGCUGCAUGAACUACGACUUCAAGAUGAGACCGUUUUUCAGGGCAAUCGUCAGAGACAUGCCUGAAGGAAUGAACAUAUCUUUCAAGCACCAGAUGACACAGCCAGUGGAUCCAACAGUGUUUGAAAAGAGAUUCCUCAAGAAAAUCAGAGACUUGGGAGAAGGUCACUUCGGUAAGGUGGAGCUAUGCCGCUACGAUCCUCGAGGCGAUAAAACAGGUGAGCUGGUGGCAGUAAAGUCGCUGAAACCUGAGAAUCGAGAGGAGCAGGGCAGCAACCUCACGUGUGAAAUCGACAUCCUGAAAGCGCUGUACCAUGAAAAUAUUGUCAAAUACAAGGGUAUCUGCCAAGAGGAAGGUGGCCAGGCUGUAAAGCUCAUCAUGGAGUACCUCCCAUUAGGCAGUUUAAAGGAGUACCUGCCCAGGAAGAAAAAUAAGAUCAGUCUCAACACCUUGCUCAGCUACUCCAUCCAGAUAUGUCAGGGAAUGGACUAUCUUGGAUCUCAAAAUUACAUCCACCGGGACCUGGCUGCCAGAAACGUGCUCUUGGAGAAUGAGGACACUGUGAAGAUCGGAGAUUUUGGCCUCACGAAGAGCAUCAAGAACAACGAGGGCUACUACACUGUGAAAGAUGACCAUGUCAGUCCCGUUUUCUGGUAUGCCCCAGAGUGUCUGACCUUUUGUAAGUUCUACAUUGCGUCUGACGUGUGGUCGUUUGGCGUGACCAUGUAUGAACUCAUCACCUACUGUGAUCUAGACAACAAUCCGAUGACGCUGUUCCUUGGGAUGAUUGGUCAAACCCACGGUCAGAUGACGGUCCUGCGAUUGGUGAAAGUGCUGUCAGAAGGGAGGAGGUUGCCACGCCCCAGUAGCUGUCCUGAGCCAGUGUACGAGCUGAUGCGGCGGUGCUGGGAGGACGCGCCUGAAAAGAGGAUCUCCUUUGAGCAGCUGAUCAAGGAGUUGACCGCCAUGCAGCAGCAGCUCCAACCACAAAACAACCUUUAAGCUUCUGCCCGUUUCAGGCUGCGGGACUCGAAACACCAACGACUCAUCAGCAUCUGCAGCUUCAGUAUUACUUGUGACACCGUAUGUGCUCCACACUUUUUUUGUCAUCCUAGUCCACUAUAUUUGUAGUCCAUAUUUUUUAACAUUUUAUUAUUUCACAUCAUAAUUUUACUUUUCUAGAGUAUAUUACUCUAUUCUACGCAAUGUAAACAAAAGUGCGUGGAAAAUCAUCUAGCUGCAGGCUGAGCUAAUUAUGACAUUACUGUUAGCCGCGCGUGCUGUCAGAAACGUGCACAUUUUGAGCCCAUGUGGACGCAUUCCUAACGAUGCCGCGCCAUUUAACCUCUUCACGGUUACACAGCUGUAAAAGCCCCAAUGAUUGUUGAGAAGCGCCAGGCUCAUUAACGCUAAGAGGGGGGGAAUGGUUUUAGCAUUUUGUGCCACGGAUCAGAAAACGUCAGAUUCAAUGAAAUGAACAAAUGCACUCAGUGAAACUUUGAUUUAGCUGCAGUAAAUGUCAGCCAGUAAUGUUUAGCGUCUAAAUGUCAGCUUUCCUCAACCGCAUACAGCGCGAUUCGGAAAGAAUGGAAUCGUCUGCAUUUUGUUUUUGUUGCUUCUUAAUAACAAUAUUUCCAAUAUGAGCUGAACCCUCUGUUUGUUACAGUGAAUUAGUGCCACAAAGCCUUUUAUGUGUUGGUUGUCGUUCAGUCAGUGAGGAGAGAUGAGUAAAUACCAGUGACGGGCACUUGGGGGCAGUAGAACUGCUUUUAUCCUCAUUUACCACAUUGUAGCCUCAGAAAUAUUGUAAGGGCCAGAUUGAAGAGGGAUACGAAGGGAUGAGAAAUGGCUUCUUUUUUAAUUUCAGAAUUUGAUUUUGUAUGUAACAUUUUAAUUCUCAUUUACUGUAUGUAUGAUACUUUAUAUGUGCUGUUGUGGUUUGAGCAGAAGUUUUUUCUCUUACUCAACUUAAAUAUAAGAUCUAUGAACCGUGUAUUAGUAUCUUACUCAUUUAAACAGUGAUCAUGUAUAUUGCUGUGAAUGUUGAAAAAAACGAACAGAAAAGGGACAUUUUUGCGUCAACAUUUUAUUGAGGAAUGUAAGACAAUUCCUUCUGCUCAAAAUAACAAAUGAUUAUAUAUUUUUCCAAAAAUAAAGAAACGUAUGACUUAUAGGAAGUUCGUCCAUAAAUACAAUGAGAAAAAUAAAUAAAAAUCACUGUU